CCUCUUGCUUCAGCGUGAGCCCUGCUGCUGCUGCUGGUGACUGGGGCUCCUCUGUGUUUCUCCCUCUCAGCCUCCAACUUCCAGGCUGCUCUCCCCCCUUCAAUGCACGGAGGUCCGAGCAGCAGGAGAGGAGCUGGAGCUCUAGCAGAGGGAGUGUCCUGGCCCUGGGUCCUCAGUUCACUGUGUGCCCUCCCAACCUGCAAGAGAAGCUGAGACCAGGGAGGGACCCAGCUCAGCAAAUGGAGAUCUGAGAGAGGGGGAGGGAAGCAGUCAUCAAGAGAGCGAGGGAGACAGUCAGGAGACAGAUCCUCAGCGAGAGGGAGACCUCACUGCACAGCUGCUGCUGCUGCUGGCCAGGCGAAGAGCGCAGCGGUCACUGGAGACCCUCCCUAUCGUAGUGUCUGGCUCCCGGACUGAACCCUCGGGGGUCCCUGUGGUGACAGGUGCCAAAAAUGCAGACGUUCCUAAAAGGGAAGCGGGUCGGCUAUUGGAUGAGUGAAAAGAAGAUCAAGAAAUUGAACUUCCAAGCCUUCGCUGAGCUGUGCAGGAAGCGAGGGAUAGAAGUCGUGCAGCUUGACCUGGCCAAACCUAUUGAAGACCAAGGUCCACUUGACGUCAUCAUUCACAAGUUAACGGACGUCAUACUGGAAGCUGACCAGAACGACAGCGAGUCGGUGCAAGUGGUGCAGAGAUUCCAGGAAUAUAUUGAAGCCCACCCUGAGACCAUCAUCUUGGACCCUUUGCCAGCUAUCCGAACCUUGCUAGACCGCUCCAAGUCUUAUGAGCUCAUUCGAAGGAUCGAGUCCUAUAUGCAAGAUGAGCGGCUGUGCUCUCCGCCCUUCAUGGAGCUCUCUACAGCAAGCGAUGAGGACACGCUGAAGCUCAUGCAGAACAGUGGCCUGGCCUUCCCCUUCAUCUGUAAGACGAGAGUUGCUCACGGAACUAACUCACACGAGAUGGCUAUAAUAUUUCACAUGGAGGGUCUGCGGACAAUCCAGCGCCCCUGCGUCAUCCAGAGUUUUGUCAGCCACAACGCCGUGCUCUAUAAAGUCUUUGUGGUGGGAGAGUCGUACACUGUGGUGGAGCGGCCGUCGCUGAAAAACUUCUCACCGGGCAGUUCAGAUAGAGAAUCCAUAUUCUUCAAUAGUCACAAUGUGUCCAAACCCGAGUCCUCCUCCGUCCUAACUGCUCUGGACAAGGUGGAAGGCGUAUUUGAGCGUCCUAAUGAUGACGUCAUCCGCGCCAUCUCCAAGGCUCUCCGCCAAGCUCUGGGCAUCUCGCUGUUUGGGAUUGACAUUAUAAUUAAUAACAAAACCGGCCAGCACGCCGUCAUCGACAUCAACGCAUUUCCAGGAUACGAGGGCGUUCCAGAAUUUUUCGGGGACCUCUUGAACCACAUCGCGACCAUCCUUCAGCGUCCGGAGGUGAACGCAAAUAAGCCCCCCUCGGAGCAGAUAACCACAGCCGUCACGUGCUGCGCUCCCGCCGCUCGGCUAGACCCCUGGAUGGUGGAGAGCGAAUCCAACGGAGCUGUGAAACUGCAAAGCCAAAGACUAGGGUGCAACUCGGCCGUGUCCCCCAGCUUCCAAAAGCACUGCGUGGCUUCCCUGGCGACCAAGGCGUCCUCGCAAUAGUUCCCGGAAACUGUGAUCUGAGCAAGUAAGGGGUUAAAAAAAAGAAAGAAAGCAAGACCUGCAACAUUCGCUCUCCGGGAAAUCUGAAGAGCAAUAGCGCAAAUCUCCUUUGAGGAACAUUUUGGCAUCACGCGCAGUCUGUCAUUAAAUCUGCACUUCCGAAUUAAAAAAAAUAUAAUUUUUGGAAUAUAGAAAUCAACACUUCACAACAGAGAGAAAUUUUAACCCGCCACCAGGAGGAAAAAAGUGCUUUAAUUAAGGGUACCGCCAUGCAGCGAGUACGACCGGAUUGCAGAUUUUUUUUUUUUUUUCUUGCAAAUGUUCUACAAAAAAUGGAAUUAUUUUUAAAGAGAGAAAUUUUAUUCUGUUAAAAAAAAAAUACUGAUAGUAAAUAAUGUCCAGCGUGGCCGCCGCCGCCGCCGUAGGAUUUUCUCAUUCAUUAUUAUUAUUUUUUUAAUUCUCCUUUUUAAGCCCCUCCUCUAGGUUCUUUGGCGCUUUCAUUAAGUUCAUUCAUUUCAUCUAGACUUCAGUGACUUUGGACGACUCCCCCCUCCUCAUAGGGGAUCUCCUCCGGAUUCUUACGGUCAGACUGUCCUCGGUGCGGUGCGCAGCACCCCGCGUGAUCCUCGAAGCACUUCCAGCGUAUAUAUUUCCACCCCGUGCUUGUGGGACGGACGGCUCUUCUACUUCAGUUUUAUAGAAAAAAGAAAAUUUAUAAAUGUAUAUAUUAUAGAAAUGAUCCUGCUGAUUAAAACCGAUGUACUCCAUCACCUGA